ACACAGCAAAAUUCAAAAUGGAUAAUAAAAAUCGAAACGACAACUGGGAUUUCUAUCUCCGAAGCUUAUCCAACAGUGCUCGAGACUCCAAUUCAGCCAACGAUCCCGCCUCUGAUCCCUCCAUCCUCCAAUCCGUGAAGAAGCUUUACGAAUUGUGCAAAACCGAGAAUUCGGAGGAUUUGGUGGCUAGGGUUUAUCCGCAGAUCAACAAGCUUUUUCAUCGAGCGGUGGCGUCUCUGUCUCAGUCUCGAACCUCCAAUGGCCUUCUCUUACUGGUUAUUCUUCAAUUUUACCUUGAUUUUGGAGAGAUGGUUCUUCAUGAUGCUGAUCCAAGUCUGAGGACAUUUUUCCGUUCAUGCUUGAGCCGUGAGUUCUCAGAUCCUGCUGUUGCAGAAGCAACCCUUGAUUUUCUGAACAUGAACAAGAAAAAACUUCAAACAUCUUUCCCUUCCUUACUGCCUCAGUUCUUUCCAUUGUUGCUAAAGCUGAUUGCAUGGAAUGGAGAAAAAUCAGAGAACUCCUUUUUGAAGCUUUUCCCUGGAUUGAUGUCACCUGGGUCAUUUCUUCCACUUUUCCCUUCCUUAGUGGACUUGCCAAUUUUGGUAGUUGCACUGGAAAAGGUUGAAAGGAGCUCGGGAUCACUUAUUGGAAACAGCAUAGCUUCAAUGCAGAAGAGUACGGCUCCUGAGAUGCUACUUGCACUCAUGGAUGAAGCUUAUACUGGUUCAACCAUAGGAGGUGGUGGUGGAGAUUCUGAGUCUGAGGAUAGCAACACAAUUGAUGUUGCUGAUUCUUUAUUCCUCGACCUUUUAAAGGAUGAAAAUGAUGGCCUUGCUGAACGUCACUGGACUUCUCCUGGGAUGGCCACACUAUUACAGGCUGCAAUUAAUUCCCCUCAGUCUGAUAGGCUAAAACAAAUACUUAAAAUGGCACCCCGGAUUCUUGAUGUGUACUUUGCUAUAACUCUGCGUGAUAUUAAUAAUUCUUUAAUAUGUGCAUUGAUUCCCUUGCUAAUGUCAAGAAAUGCUACAGUGUUUCCAGACAAAAGUUUCUCUUAUGAGAUUCGCAAAAGGAUCUUAGAGUUCAUGCUUGCUUCAUUUCAGCGCUCUCCAGAUUUCAUCGCACUUUUGAAGAAGCCUAUAAUGGACAGGCUCGCAGAAGCUUAUGACAGCCCUGCAAAGACAGAGUUGGCAUUACAAUUGUGCUGGGCCAUUGGGGAGCAUGGUGGGGGUGGUGGAUCACACAAAGAUGCAGCUCGUGAGCUUUUUGAGAGUUUAGAACUGCUUUUAUAUGAAAACCUUUCAUCUAGUCGUUUGGGCCUAAGGCAGGAAUCAGCCCUGAGCUCUGAUAGAGAAACGUUCAGAAAGUCAUCACAGUCUAGGCUUCUAUGUUUUGUUGUAACAGCUAUUGCAAAGCUUGCUACUCAUCACCGUGAAUUACUGCCAAGAGCACGUGUAUCCUUGGGCAAGGUUGCUCGUUCUCGAAUCUCAGAUGUGAGGGUUUGGAGACGUGCUCGUGAUUAUUUGGGUCUAAUGAAUGAACCUGCAAUUUGUUUGUCUGUUUUGGGUCCUUCACGACCUUCAUGUGGAUUCACACGGAAUCCAGGCACUGUAAACUGGAGUGAUGGUGGCACCAAGAUGAUUGCACAUGUUCCAUUUUACAUUCUUGGUGAACAAGAAGGUCCACCGUUCCAUGAUUUUUCAUUUUCAGAUAUCCUUCCAAGAAGAUGAUGGCAGGUUUUCUUGCGGGAGAAGAUAUAGCAGGAAUUGCAAAUUCUAUUGGAGUUUAUGUAGAGCAUUUUUCUUUUCUAAUAUCACUAGGAAUUCCUUGUUUGUAUCAUUUGAGCAUAUGGGAAGAUCAAAUACUUUUUUGGUGUAGAAGAAAUAUAAAUGAAGAAAGCCUUUUCUUUCAGGUUUACUGCACUAUGGCUUGUAAUAGUUUGUUCUGAAGAAUUAAAGGUGAGUUGGUGGCCAAAAUUAAUUUCUAUCCA